AUGCCCCUCUGUUCCUCCAUGACGAUCAAGGUCCCGACGGACGUCGAGUGCACGAUCAACAAGCGCGUUGUAACUGUCAAGGGCAAGAAGGGCACUCUGGUCCGAGAUUUUUCCCAUGCACCCCUCGACAUCACCCACGCCAACGACACCAUCAGCGUCGCAGUCUGGUUCCCUCGCGGCAAGAGAAAUGCUCUCCCCCGCACCAUCUGCUCACACAUAGAGAACAUGUUCAAGGGCGUCACGUAUGGAUUUGAGUACAAGAUGAGGCUGGCAUACGCUCACUUCCCCAUCGCGGCUACCGUUGUGGACAACAACAAGGCCAUUGAGAUCCGCAAUUUCAUGCACCAGAUCAAGACGCGCCGCAUCGAAUGCCUUCCGGGCGUCACCAUAGCGAUGUCGACAAAUGUCAAGGACGAGCUAAUCCUUAGGGGCAUCUCCAUAGAGGACGUUUCGCAUACUGCUGCGCGCAUCCACGAAAGCCUUAAAGUUCCCAACAAAGAUCUCCGCAAGUUCCUCGACGGCUGCUACGUCUCCUCCCGCGGGCUCCAGGAACAGUAA